AAGCUCCGAGAUGCUGUCUGAAGUCAAGUCCGCAAUUGAUGUGCCUGGGAGGGACCAGCAUCGCCGCUCCCUCGGUGCGAGCUUUAAACAGGAAAUCUGAGAUUCAGAACAUCUUAUAGUUUGGCUUGCCAUCGCUGGUCAUGCGGUGGGCCCGAAAUAAACUCCCUGCUUCAAAGGAGAGUGUUUUGGAAUUGCCUGGCAGAGCAGCCAGAAGCCCAGGGCCAGGGCAGAAGGAAAACUCAGGAAGCAUGUUCUGAAUUAAGACACUCUCCAGAAAAAUCUUUUUUAUUAUCCCUGAACUGUACCCUUGUUUCAGAGCCUAACAGGUGCCCAGCCGGAUGGGGAUGCAGUAUUCCCCCUGCCUGCUCAGAACCCUCGUGGGUGCCACGUGCUUGGAUGGGCAUUCCUGGAACUCCCAGAGCGAGCAUUGGAUUUGAGAGUUUUCUGAUUUGAUGCUUGCUCCUGCCCGCUGAGUGUCUCCUGGAGGCUGAGGUGAGCGGUGGAAGAGGAUGGCCACGCAGAUCAGUGCUCGGGGCACCCAGCCUGCCAUUGGACAAGAGGAGUACAACCUGUACAGCAGCCUGAGCGAGGAUGAGCUGGUCCAGAUGGCCAUUGAGCAGAGCCUGGCAGACAAGACUCGGGGCCCAACCGCCACUGAGGCUGCUGUGUCCACACGUGUCAACCGCGAACCUGCCCACUUCUACCCCUGGACCAGGUCCACUGUGUCUCCCGAGAGCCCACCGACCUCGGCCCCCAAGGGCCUGUUCCACGAGGUUAUGCAGAAAUACAAGUCCUCCAGGAUGGCGCCCGUGGACCCUGUGCUAAAGGCCAUCAAGGAAGGCGACGAAGAGGCCUUGAAGGCCAUGAUCAAGGCGGGGAAGAACCUCGCAGAGCCCAACAAAGACGGCUGGCUGCCGCUGCACGAGGCAGCCUACUACGGCCAGCUGAGCUGCCUCAAGACGCUGCACCGAGCAUACCCAGCCGUCAUUGACCAGCGCACCCUGCAGGAGGAAACGGCCCUUUACCUAGCGACAUGCAGAGGACACCUGGACUGCCUCCAAUCCCUGCUCCAGGCUGGGGCCGAGCCCGACAUCUCCAACAAGUCCCGUGAGACACCGCUCUACAAAGCCUGUGAGCGCAAAAACGUGGAGGCCGUGAGGAUUCUGGUGCAGUACAAAGCGGACACCAACCACCGCUGUAACCGAGGCUGGACAGCUCUGCACGAGUCUGUUGCUCGCAAUGACCUGGAGGUCAUGGAGAUCUUGGUGAGCGGAGGUGCCAAGGUGGAAUCCAAGAAUGCCUAUGGCAUCACCCCCUUGUUCGUGGCCGCCCAGAGUGGGCAGCUGGAGGCACUGAGGUUCCUGGCCAAACACGGCGCUGACAUCAACACGCAGGCCAGCGACAGCGCGUCCGCCCUCUAUGAGGCCUGCAAGAACGAGCACGAGGAGGUGGUGGAGUUCCUGCUGUCGCAGGGCGCGGAUGCCAACAAGGCCAACAAGGACGGCAUGCUCCCGCUGCACAUCGCCUCCAAGAGAGGCAAUUACAGGAUCGUGCAGAUGCUGCUGCCGGUGACCAGCCGCACGCGCGUGCGCCGUAGCGGCAUCAGCCCGCUGCACCUGGCGGCCGAGCGCAACAACGACGAGGUGCUCGAGGCUCUGUUGAACGCGCGCUUCGACGUGAACGCGCCGCUGGCACCCGAGCGCGCGCGCCUCUACGAGGACCGGCGCAGUUCCGCGCUCUACUUCGCCGUGGUCAACAACAACGUGUAUGCCACCGAGCUGCUGCUGCUCGCCGGCGCCGACCCCAACCGCGAUGUCAUCAACCCCCUACUGGUGGCCAUCCGCCACGGCUGCCUGCGCACCAUGCAGCUGCUGCUGGACCACGGCGCCAACAUCGACGCCUACAUCGCCACGCACCCCACCGCCUUCCCCGCCACCAUCAUGUUCGCCAUGAAGUGCCUGUCGCUGCUCAAAUUCCUCAUGGACCUCGGCUGCAACGGCGAGCCCUGCUUCUCGUGCCUGUACGGCAACGGCCCGCACCCGCCUCCCCCGCCGCCCUCCAACAGGUUCAAUGACACGCCCGCCACGGAUAAGCCGCCCGGCGUGGUCCAGUUCUGCGAGAUCCUGUCUGCCCCGGAGGUGAGCCGCUGGGCGGGGCCCAUCAUCGACGUCCUCCUGGACUACGUGGGCAACGUGCAGCUCUGCUCGCGGCUGAAGGAGCACAUCGACAGCUUCGAGGACUGGGCUGUCAUCAAAGAGAAGGCAGAACCUCCGAGACCUCUGGCUCACCUCUGCCGGCUGCAGGUUCGAAAGGCCAUCGGGAAAUACCGUAUAAAACUCCUGGACACGUUGCCGCUGCCAGGCAGGCUGAUUAGAUACCUGAAGUACGAGAACACCCAGUAACCGGGCCACGCGGGAAGGAGCGGCUCCUCUGACGGUUCCACUGAGUCUCAGGACAGCGGUGUCCCCAAAGCUAAGGGCACCUGGUGAUAGAUGAGGCCGGGGCUGCCUCCCUCUCAGCUGGGGCUGCUGCUGUGACCUCACCAGUCUCUGGGCCAGUGCUUUGCCCAGAGCAGAAGACAGAUGUAUCAAGGAGGAGAAAACCCACAUUAAUUCUCAUAUGAAUGAGAUCCCAGGGCGUCUCUGCCAUCAGGAAUUGCAGAAAGCUGCAUUCCUGGGGCCGGGGCCCCGGGGCCAGGGCAGAACUCAGGGUGGUCUGGGGAGAGCAGAGCCAGCCAGGAAGCCCUGGCCCCAACUCUGAGCUGUGGCUGGAGAACUUUCCUAGACAACCUCACUGCAGGGUCCCCAUGUCCCUCCCUCUUUGCUCUGUGAAACUCUCCUCUUGACUCUGAGCUUUCUCCCCAAAGCCGUGGCCCGAGGGGGUGGGGUGGGGAGACCUCAGCCCAGAGGGCUUCCUUAGGUACAAUAAAUGUCGCACAGAUGGC